GGAGCUCCGCACAGGGCGGCGCUUCUCUUUAGCUGCUUAAGUCGAUCGCAUCUGCACUCGAGCUUCUGCAGUGUCUGAAGCGUCAGCCCACAAGUUCGUGGGUUUCUCUGGGAGCUUUCCUGAAGCCCUGAGAGGCAGAGUUGGCUGCUCCCGGCACUGACAUGAUGGACUGAGGGUGAACCAGCCAGGUGACAUGGUUGCUGCGAAAGAGACAAAAGCCAAGAUGGAUGAUCAAGCAUCGUAUUUGAGGACUUCAAAGCUGGCCCUGGCCUUGGCAAUUAUUCACUCAAAGCCAGCAGACAAAAGCGGCAGAGAGCACGCGGAGCACCUGGCGAGGGUGGUGUCUGGGCAGGAGUCGAAGUGGAGGUUGAAAGUCGAAGCCUUGGAAGCUGAGGUUCUGCAAUUACGUCAAAAACUUCUUCUGAGCAAGAUUCAUUCAGGACUGUUUGACAGUGGAGACCCAUCCACCCAGUUGCAGGCUCAGGAACCUAGAUGUUCUGAAAAUACGUUAAGUCUGCUGGAAGAUUCUGGGUGUGGUUUAUCAAAUGAGCAGAGAACUGAACCUUUGGAGAUGUCCCAGCAUUUUGUGGAGAGCUGCACCCCUACGCCCUUCCCACCACUGCCCAUUGUGAAAAGACACGGUGCUACUCCGGAAAAUCCUCUGUCUUCUCACAUGCAGUUCUUGCAGCAUUUGCUUGAACUGAAGAACUUGACAGAAUCAGGGAGUCUGAAAACAGACUUGAGCCUCUUUGAAAACGACUAUUCCGCGGUAUCGGAUUCUGUUUUCCAGUUGCUGGAUGGCCUGAUCACUUUUUACCGUAAACCCAAAUUUCCUUUUUCAAGCUUUUGGACAGAAGCUGUUGACACUUUAGCUAGACUGAUCAGUGAUUGUAACUUAUCUAUUCAUAUUCUGAAAAAGUGUUCCAAGAAGUUGGAAGAAUUUGAGAAAUUCCUACUACAGAUUAUUUUAAGGAACAACCAUAUAAAUCGGUUUCAGGUCCAGCAUUGUGUCUCUCAGUGUCUGGUGACCCUGGGAAGUUGCAGCUUGUUGAGAAAAUCUAUAAUAUCUCUGCUUCUGUCAGAAGUAAACAUCUUCGCUGAUGAUCUGGGUACCAUCAACCAGGUACAAGCCAGUUACGAUGUGACACGCUAUGAAAAUAUUUUCUCCCUGUUCUGGGUUCUGGAGCAGCUUCUUCAAAAGGAAACCGAAAAAGGCAACACUUCAAGUAUAGGGCAUGAUGACCAAGAAAUCAAGAAAUUUCUUCAGAAGCAUGAUGAAACUAUUUUCCAACUCUCUGAUGCUUUUCCUUUAUUUACUUUUUAUUUGUGGAGACUGGGCAUUCUCUUGAACUCAGUAGAGAGAGAAACUGUUGAAACUAACUCAUUUCCUUAGCAACUUACCAAAUAUCAGAGGCAUACUAACGUUGAAUAUGUGAAGAUCUUGUACUUAAGAGAUUUUCAGGAAUAUUUUUAAAUGGCCAUUUUAAGUAGAUCUCUAAAUAUAAUCAUUAAUUUAAUUUAAUAGUUUUAAAUUAUAUAUAAAAGAUUAUGAGUCAUCUUUCUAUACUAAAAUCAGCCAGUUUCAGUUAGGAAUGCCCUCCAUAUUCUCAUGUAACUGUAUCUGACAGUAUGUUACCCAAUAUAAUCUAGCUCUAUUAUUCUCUAAAAUGGACCAUUAAUUGUCUAUCUCAUAAAAGAUAUUUACAUUUUAAAAUAUUUCCGUGUAAUAGAUACAAAAGGUAUCAGAAGAGAUCUUAAAAGUUUUGUUGCUUUUUCAACACAGUAUUUAAAAUAAGUGAUCAUAAAUGAAAUUUUUAAAACUUUUUUUUCUUAUGUAAUUUCACUUUUAUCAUUCUCUCUCACCUUAGAGGGGACCUCUGUAGAAGGAGAAAAGUUUUUAACAUUUGUAAACCUAACGGCCUUUAAUUUCAUGUAAUCAACAUAUUUUUCAAGUCCUUUUGAAAGUACUAAUUAGUUGCUUAAAAUGUUCUGUGUUUGUUGUUCAGCAAAUGUUUGUUUUGAUUCUGUUGAUUAUAUAUAAUCCUGUUAUUGUUAAAAUGUAGUUGUCAUGUGUAAUUAAGUCAUUGAGAAUAUUUUUACAAGUUCUAACAUCUGUCCAGAAAUAUACUUUAUACUUAUCAAAAGUAUAUUUAUACUUAUUAAAUGUACUGGUUGAAUUAUUCAGUUAGACAGUUUCACUGAUUAUAUUUCAAUUAUUAAAAGUAAAAGCAACUAGUUUAAUGAGCAUACAUUAUGUACUUUCCUAUAGUGCA